ACAGACUGCAGAGAAAGAAUUGCAAUAAAAUCGUUUUUCAUUAUUUUCAUAAUAAUGAAACCCAAUGAAACUAGAUUCAUUUACUGUCCAAUUUCAUUUAAGUGAGACAUAACAGUUAAUGAGGGUGAGAGGGGAGACGGAGAGAUAGGAAAAGGGAGUAAUUGAAAAUGCUGCCAAGGAUUUCGAGAUUACAGUACAAGAGAAGAGGGGAGGGCAAUAACCGGGGACUACAAGUCAGACAAGAAAGCGGAGACAGGCAGACUGCAGUGAGUGAACAGGAGUAAAGGAGGAACAGGGCACAGGAAUAAGAUUUACAUACAAGGCAAAGAUUAUAAAAAAGGACAAAAGGAAGCAGAAGAAAAAGACGAGUAUACUGCAAAAUUAAGGAGCCUUAAGUGCAUCAAUAAGCAAAGAUACUCACUUCUAUAAUCUCCAAGACAGGAAUAAUGGUACACAUACUAGUUAUAUCAUGGCUGAUGACUCUUGGGACUUGGGGGCCAACAGCAAUCUGCGCCCCAACAAAUGAUCUCGAGCCCCAUAAUCGGACCCAGAAAGACAUGGAUAUUGGGUCACUCCGCCGCCAACUCUCCUCUGGUACUCGCCCUUACAGCCUAUCCUUGUCUCCUCAAGACUACCACUAUUCUCCCAAACCCAAGCACCUACGUGUUUCCAGACUACUUCGGCUCCUUGGAUCUUCGUUUGAUCCUUUCUGGAUGUCUGUGGAGCAACCUGCAGAUUAUAGCACAAGUCUGCUUUCUACACUCAGUCAGGACCUAUAUGAUGGUGCAAGUCGGUACCGCAAAAAGCUGGCUCAGGAGGUUCAAGGUUUGAAUUUUGAUUCUUUACAAUUGCCAACAGAGCUAUCUGCCAACGCUAGCCAGAAUAUCCAGAAUGAAAUUCGUCAGUGGUUGGUGCAGAGAGCCAGCUGCCAACUCACAUCAACAUGGGUGGACCUUGGAACAGUUUUCUGGCCAAGAUGGGUGCGACACACAGACUGUGAUGGGACUAACACUGCCUGCUCUUGGCCACCUGGCAUGGCAUGCAGACAAGCACAAUUUACACAGAUUAAACUGCUGGCCUGGCACUGCUGGAUGAAGGACACUGGCUUGGGCUGGGCCACACAGCAAUGCACCUGGAGGCAGGUACCCUACCCAGUAGUGGCUGCAUGCAAAUGUACCUGCAGAUGAGUGACAGGAGUGCAAAGGAGACUAUCCCAUACCAAUGCUACUAUAUACCUGCUUGUCAUUAACAUUCCAUUCCUCAGAAAUCUAAUGGGAAAUUUAUUUUAACAACUGUGAAAUAAAAUUAUUUUUU